UUUGCUCAGUGCCACAUGCUUGUUUUUUUACCUCUCUUUUAGUUAAUUAGAUUUUAUCUAUUUAUAAUGAUGUACACAUAAAAGUCGGUCUCAUUAACAGUGUGUGUAUGUGUAUCACCAUAUAGCUUAUAUACACGUAACUCUUAUAUAUAUAUAUAGUGUAGCAUUCAAUAUCAGUUUUAGUAAACUGAAUUAAUAAUGGACUUGGAGUCAGGUUUUUAUUUUUAUAUGUAAAUUUGCAAAAUUAAUAUUCAAUUAAUGUAACAAACGUAAUAUCGAUUAUAAGUAAGAUUGGUCAAGUAAGUAAAGCUGGCAUCUAUCUUUAUUAUUCGUGAAAACAUAUCGACUUUAUUUUUAUUGCUUAUAUAUAAACUCCAAGGUACCUGCAAAAGACAUAUGUCUAUAAAUAGCAACAUGUGUCAACAUAACUUGUCUUAUGACUAAUUUAAGAAUAUAGCUCGGAAAAAAGUUUCUCCGCUAUCGAGAAAAUUGUCUUGAUAACUAAUUUUUAUAUUACUGCUUUUUUAUUGCCGCUACCGACUGCAAACAUCGCAAUCGAUCAACAUGGCAAAACAAAUAAAUUUUUAAAUUAGGAGACGGAUAUUCAAAAGUACAAACUAAAACAUUCAAAGUGCGACAGACUUCGAAUUUGUCCCCUCUUCCGGAGUGUCAGGGUGCGCUUACUCUUCGGUAAUCCGAUCAUGAACUCGAGUUGGGAAAUAGAACGGUUCGGCGCGGCAGCUGCAUCAAGAACGUAGUACCGCGUUACAUACAACGCAGCUGCGAACAACAAUACCCUCAAGUAACCAGCCAACUCGCUCGAGGACCCGCCAUCAACUGAUCGGAUCCGUUGAAGCCGGUACGGCGUGUCUCGGUUGUUCUACGGCCUGACCCACAGCUCUGGCCUGUGUCGGGUCUCAUGCCGCCUAUCGCCGGAUACAGUCUGACGAUUCGUUGGCCGCACGUCGGUCGCAGUUGUGAGUGGCGUGCGUACUCGUAUGUGUGUGACGUGUCGUCACCUCCUGUGUGCGACUCAUAACUCCGUUGUGUCUCGCGCGAGUGCUUACGAGCGAGUGCGUACGCCGAAGCAUUCGUUAAUAUCAUUUCCGGCGUGCGCGUAGAACUGUGCACAUAGUUUCAGUUGUGUUGUGUUGUGUCUCGCGCGCGGCGUCUGUCUGUCCGUCGCUCUCUCUUCCGUCUCCUUCAUACACUCGUCAUCGUCAUCUUCUUCUGCGAGUACGUGCCGCAACGUUGCGGUUCCCGCUGUUCUGCUGUUCUCGCGGGAGGUCAGCACCUUAGCAUCGGUAGAUAGAAGUCGAGAUGUUGUGAUGGCUGGUAGGUCACGACGUUCGAGCACAGAGCUCGAACCAGAUCUAUCUACGCCAUCGGCUCCAAAGAAGUUCAGACAAUUUGAAACAUCGCCCGAAAAAUUUACGGUGGAACGUGUAACCAAAAUAGAAAGUGCUGAUAAACCGCACACGAGUAAAACAUCUUUACAAGAGAAAGUUCAAGAAAGAAGAGAAUCGUCUUCACGUAUUAUUGCGGAAAAAACAUCGGAACCGGCAGUUUCGACUAGUGAAACACCUUUAGAAUCGACCGAGCAGACAGUUGAAGUACAUGCGGAAUCGAAACUAUCCGAAACAGAAGAACAAGAUAAUAAACCAAGGAUCUCGUCAGAAGCGAUUCCAAGCACUUCGAGACAAGGUGAAGAAGAAGAGGCAAUACCGAGUACUUCAAGGCAAGGAGAACAGGAGGAACAGAUCGGUAUACUACAAUCUUUUGUAACAUACAGCGAUCUGAGUGAACUUACUCGUUCCGCCGGAAAAAGUUCAAUGACCGAAACGACCGUACAAAGUUUCAUGGUGCGCGAGCAUUCGUUAUACGAGGAGUUGUCUCUUAUCGGAAAUGGCGCGUACGGUACGGUGUACAAAGCGAAAGACAAGACUAGCGGUCAAAUUGUAGCACUUAAAAAAGUUAGAAUACCUGUGACGCAAAACGGUUUGCCUGCAUCUACAGUACGAGAAAUCGGUGCUCUGAAAUCACUCGAACAAUAUGAACAUCCACAUGUUGUGAGAUUACUGGAUAUCUGUCAAGGAGAUUAUCACAACUUAGUUCAGCCAUCAGGUGAAGGUGAACAAUCCGAAAGGGUGAAUCGUAGUCUCACUUUAUGGUUGGUAUUCGAACAUGUGGAAAGAGAUCUCGCUUCGUUCAUAGCAAGCUACCGGAAUAGCACUCCGCAAUCGAAGAUACCCCCGGAGCUAGUGAGACAAAUGACGAAGGAAAUAGUUUGCGGAGUUGAGUUUUUGCACACUCAUAGAAUAAUACACAGGGAUCUAAAGCCACAGAAUCUUUUAGUAACACGGGAUAACAGAAUCAAGAUCGCGGAUUUUGGUUUGGCCAGAAUUUACGAUUUUGAGAUGAGAUUAACUUCUGUGGUUGUAACCCAAUGGUAUCGACCACCCGAAGUACUCUUAAGAUGUGACUACGCUACUCCCGUAGAUAUUUGGCCUAUCGGAUGCAUAAUGGCAGAACUUUGCAAGUUAGAGCCACUAUUCCCAGGCACCAGUGAAGGCGAUCAGCUUGACAGGAUCUUCCAAGUUCUAGGUACACCGCCAAAAGAAGCAUGGCCGGAAAAAGUAUCGCUCAGCUGGACAGCCUUUUCAUAUAGAAAACCGAAACCUCUUGGUGCAAUACUACCAGAUCUCAACGAAGACGGAUUAGACUUAGUAAAGAAGAUGCUCACAUUUAAUCCUCGCAGUCGUAUAACCGCAGCUCAAGCAGCGAGACACCGAUACUUGACUGAUGAUGAAAUAUAAUAACUUUUUCGUAAGUUAUUUAAUUUAAUUUACAUAUAUAUAUUUACGGCGCUAGAUUAACUGACAAACUCAGACUGAUAUAAUUGUAUUCUGGAAUAGAAAUGACAUUUAGGAAUAUUUUGGGUAAGAUAGACAGAGUACUACUCGUAUUAUCGCAUGUGUCGCAAUUAUCGAACAUAGCCCAUUCGAAUAUUUGGAAUUAAAUUUUUUUUUUUUUUUUUUUUGAUUGUGUAUACAUAGAUAAUAAAUAACAUAUAUAAUAUAUUACAAAUUUGAGUUAGUAAACAGACAAUUGACAAUUAAAUUCGUUAUAUCAAGAUAAAUAGUUGAUAACAAACAUUACGCGUAUCUUUAAGUCUUUUUAUUCUAGUUAAGUCGAUAGUUUUUCGUUUCUUCGUUUAACAAUAAACAUGUAUAAUAAUGUAACAAAUGUUUUCUGCAAAAAAUCCAUUAUAUGUAAGUUACUUUAUCGUAAGGACGCUUUAGUCAAUUACAAUUACGCAGUAACAAAUACUUAUUUUUGAUAUGUUAUUUAUUUAUAUAAUAUUACUAAAUUACAACGUGCGUUUUAAAGUUUAUUAAUAUUUAUACCACAGACGUAUUUACAUCAAGAGUUAAACUCUUCUUAUUAAUAUUUUUAAUUUUUACUUUUAUUCAACAAAAUGCUUAACAACUAAAGAUUUAGUGGUACGCAUUUAUAUAAUGUUAAUAAAUAUAUAAACUUAAGUUACUUAUAUAUACAAGUAACAUUUGUGUAUUACAAUACUACAUAAUUAUACAAUAAUAUUAAAGCAUGCCUAACUUACAUAUGUUAAACUUUUGUAAUUUAUGAUAUGGAAAAGUGUUAGAUACAAAAGUCAUGUUUAGUAAUAGUGACAAAGAAUAAAUAUCUCGACAUUGCUUGUUCUUCUUAGAGAUAUUAAAUUUCAACUUUCUUUCUUUUCUUUUUUUUUUGUAAUACCUUGUUAUUUAUUUAUUAUUAGGAUGAGGUCACUAAAUCUUACAUUUUUACGUAGAACUGAACGUACUUUCUAACUGUGGCAUAAAAAACUGUACAUAGAAAAAAAUAGUUGACCUUGAAAUUCUCGAAACACUUCUAUUAAAAAAACAAAAAACAAAAAACGUAAUUUUUCCUUGAAAUCAUGUAACUUUUGUAUCUAACACUUUUCCAUAAAACGUAUAAUAUAAAAGGUUUUCAAGAUGUGCUAGAUAUCUCGUAAAUAAACGUUUUUUUAUAUAUUAAUGCACAAUAUAUGCAUUAAUAUAACAAAUAUAGAUA